AUUUCCCUGAAUCGGUAAACACUGGCUGUGCCUGUGGAAGGUUAGAACUUGGAAGCUGGAAUUCACAAUUUCAUGCCCCCUCAGCGAGAGAGCGAGACAUAGAUCAAUUAUCCAUGUCAACUAGGCACGCAACUCUCGACCCUAGACAAUUCUCACCUUAAUCCAUAUCUCAUUACUCCGCUAUUUAUUUCUCUAUCGUUCUCUGUGCUCCUUCCGUUUCCCAUUUUUUUCUUCCCCCUUGAAUCUCUUCUUCCUUCUAUCGGAAAGCGGAGGGUGCGUGUCUGUGUGGCCAUGGCUGUUGCGGCAGCAGCUGUCAUCGUGCCAUUGGGUCUGCUCUUCUUCGCCUCUGGCCUUCUUGUUAAUCUCAUUCAGGCAAUAUGCUAUGUACUUGUACGGCCUCUGUCAAAGAAUUUGUAUAGACGGAUCAAUAGGGUAGUAGCAGAAUUUUUGUGGCUGGAACUUGUAUGGCUGAUUGAUUGGUGGGCUGGAGUUAAGAUCCAGCUAUUUACAGAUCGUGAAACAUUUCGUUUAAUGGGUAAAGAACAUGCGCUUGUCAUAUCCAACCACAGAAGUGAUAUUGAUUGGCUUGUUGGAUGGGUUUUAGCUGAGCGUUCAGGUUGCCUUGGCAGCACUCUGGCUGUGAUGAAGAAGUCUUCAAAACGUCUUCCGGUCAUUGGCUGGUCAAUGUGGUUCUCUGAGUAUCUUUUUCUGGAGAGAAGUUGGGCCAAGGAUGAAAGCACAUUAAAGUCAGGUCUUGAACGACUUAGGGAUUUCCCUCUUCCCUUUUGGUUGGCUCUCUUUGUUGAAGGAACUCGUUUCACACAGGCAAAACUAUUAGCUGCUCAGGAAUAUGCAAGGUCAACAGGAUUGCCUGUUCCUAGAAAUGUUUUGAUUCCUCGAACAAAGGGUUUUGUUUCCGCAGUAAGUCAUAUGCGCUCAUUUGUUCCUGCCAUUUAUGAUGUGACUGUGGCUAUUCCCAAAAGUUCACCAGCUCCUACAAUGCUAAGGCUCUUCAAGGGGCAACCUUCAGUGGUGCAUGUGCAUAUCAAACGUCAUUUGAUGAAGGAAUUGCCUGAAACAGAGGAGGCUGUCUCCCAGUGGUGUCGAGAUAUAUUUGCGGCUAAGGAUGCAUUGCUAGACAGACAUAUAGCUGAGGAUACCUUUCCUGAUCAAGAGCUGCAAAAUACUGGCAGACCAGUAAAGUCUCUUCUGGUUGUGGCCUCUUGGGCUUGUCUGGUUAUUGCUGGGGCUGUGAAGUUCCUCCGAUGGUCAUCAUUUCUAUCAUCCUGGAAGGGCGUUGCAUUUCUAGCUCUGGGUUUGACAGUCAUUACUGUCCUGAUGCAUAUAUUGAUUCUGUUUUCUCAAUCAGAACGUUCAACACAUGCCAAGGUAACCCCAGCAAAGCCUAGAAACAGGGGAGGAAAAGAAGAGUCAGGACAUGACAAACCACACUAAAUUUUACACGCUUCUCCAAAUCUUCCUUACGAAAGGGCCUUGUCUACGGCCACAAUUUGGGGGAUUUAAUUUAGUGUUCGUAGGUUUUGGGGACUUCUGUUGAAAGCUUUGAAAAUUCACUCUGUUGCAAUGCAUGUAGUAAUUCUUUUUCCGGGGGGGAAAGGGGCUUGGGCCAAACUAAACCACAACCAAAUGGGUCCCUGAAGAAAUUCUUCCGUGUAGUUUGUAUGCUUAUCGAUUCAUUAGUUUUCUAAUUAAUUAAUGGGAUUUAAUUUGUACA